UGAAAUAACUGCCUCGUCGGCCAUGGCGACUCCUCUCCCCUUCACUUCCACCGUCCCUCUUCAACUGAAAUAACUGCCUCGUCAGCCAUGGCGACUCCUCUCCCCUUCACUUCCACUGUCCCUCUUCAACUGAAAUAACUGCCUCGUCAGCCAUGGCUACUCCUCUCCCCUUCACUUCCACUGUCCCUCUUCAACCUCCACCGCCAAAGGACCGCCCACCCCACCAUCUCCUAGAGAGAUGCACCACCAUGGCCGAGCUCAAGCGGGUGCACGCCCGAAUGAUCCGUUCCGGCGUCGCCUUCGCCCCCCUCCCCGCCAGCCAUCUCGUCUCCCGUUGUGCCGCCGAAGACUUCGGUUCCCUCGACUAUGCCCGCCUCGUGUUCCGACAGAUCCCCAGUCCCACCGCCUUCACCUUCAAUUCCAUAAUCCGUGGCUACACCAACAAGAACUUCCCAUUGGAGGCCCUCCGCUUCUAUGUCGAGCUGAUCGAAGGCGGCCUGGUUCCUGAUAGCUUCACGUUCCCCUCGCUCUUCAAGUCUUGUGGGUUUCUGGCCGAAGGGAAGCAGCUCCAUUGCCAUGUGGUCAAGUUUGGGUUCUCCUCGGACAUUUAUAUCCAGAACACGUUGAUGAACAUGUACGCGGCUCGUGGCUGCUUGACCUCCGCCUGCCAGGUGUUUGAAAAAAUGGGUGAGAAGACGGUUGUUUCUUGGGCCACCAUGGUUGCUGCUUACACGAGGUCGGACCACUUGUCCGAGGCACUGGAUCUUUAUCGGCAGAUGGAGUCGAAGAACGUAACACCGAAUGAGAUCGCGCUGGUGAAUGUUCUCACGGCUUGUGCGAGAGCAAGAGAUCUAGAGACCGGGAAACGGGUUCAUAAGUACAUCGAAGAGCAUCGAAUCGGGUUCGAUUUGGUCCUCUGGGCGGCGCUUUUGGAUGUUUACUGCAAAUGUGGUUGCGUUUCGCGUGCUCGACAGCUUUUCGGUGAGAUGCCGGAGAGGAACUUGUUUUGUUGGAACAUCAUGAUCAAAGGGCAUGUGGAGGAUAGCGAUUACAAAGAAGCAUUGCGAUUGUUCCGCGAGAUGCAAUUCAUGGGCAUCAAGGCAGAUAAGGUGACCAUGGCGAGCUUGGUUCAGGCAUGCUCUCAGCUCGGUGCGCUCGAGCUCGGGAAAUGGUUUCAUGUGUACAUAGUGCGGGAGAAAGUCGAGGUGGACGUUGUUCUGGGGACUGCUCUGGUGGACAUGUACGCGAGGUGUGGGUGCAUAGAAAGCGCAUUCAAGGUCUUCGGUGAUAUGCCUCGCAGAGAUGUCAUGACAUGGACAGCCCUCAUCGGAGGACUUGCAGUGUGCGGGCACGCGGAGAGAGCGCUGCAGACCUUCCACGAGAUGCAGAGGAUCGGAGUGAAGCCCGACGCAGUCACCUUCGUCGGCGUGUUGACAGCUUGCAGCCACGCAGGCCUCGUAGACGAAGGCUGCUCCCAUUUCGACUCGAUGGCGAGCAUCUACAACAUCCAGCCCAGCGUCGAACACUACGGUUGCAUGGUCGAUCUGCUGGGUCGAGCCGGUCAGAUAGGGAGGGCAGAAGAACUGAUAAGAAGCAUGCCCAUGGCGCCGGAUCGCUUUGUGCUCGGAGGCCUCUUGGGCGCUUGCAGAAUCCAUGGCAACCUUGAGGUGGCCGAGAGGACUGCGCAGAAGCUCAUGGAGCUGGACCAGAGGCAUGGAGGGACCUACGUGCUGUUAUCCAACAUCUAUGGCUCGUUGCAGAAAUGGGAUGAGGUUGGCAGAAUAAGAGAGCUCAUGUCAGAGAGGGACGUGAAGAAGCCACCCGGAUGCAGUCUGAUAGAGAUGGACGGGGAGGUUCAUGAGUUCGUCAUGGGGGACGAAUCACACCCGCAGUCCGCUGAGAUUUACGCCAUGGUGGAGGACAUGAUUUCCAGGCUGAAGGAAGCGGGAUACGUGCCCAACAAGUCCGAGGUGCUAUUGGACAUGGACGAGGAGGAGAAGGAGAACGCGUUGUGCCGGCACAGUGAGAAGCUGGCCAUUGCCUUCGGGCUCAUGAGGACGGCCCCGGGGACGCCGAUCCGGAUCAUGAAGAACCUUCGUGUUUGCGGUGACUGCCAUGCUGCAACCAAACUCACAUCGAAGGUCUACGGGAGGGAGAUCAUCGUGCGCGACCGGUGCCGUUUCCAUCACUUCAGAGAUGGAUGUUGUUCUUGCAAAGAUUUCUGGUGAUCAUAACAAUUAAUAUUGAUUCUAGUCGUUCGAUUUAGAGUGUUGAUUCGGUUGAGUAACCCGUAAAGGCUGAGUCGUGUAUCCAACAAAGAUUCCUUCUACGUUUGGGAUAUCUGUCUGUAGAAUAUAGGGGAUUCGCUAAUGCCAAAUGUAAUGUGCCUGAGACUUUGAUGAA